GGUCCCUUCCAGCCCCGGACGUCCUGCGAUUCCGAUUCUGUUGCGUGGGGCUGCGUGGGGCGGGGGCUCAGCACGUUGUACCCGCAGUGCCACGGCGCAGACCGCGGUGAUUUCCACCCAGCGGGUGGCCCAGGCCGCGCCGCCCCGCUUCGGCCCCGCAGCGCCUACAACUCCCGGCUUGCCGCGCGGCCCAGAAGUGACGCCAUCCCUGCGCGCCGCAGCGCCCGUUGCCUGGCAACCAUGGCGGGGCGGCGGGCGCGGGGCCCGUUGCAGCGGCUGCAGCGGCGGAGCCGGGAGCUGCAGGCGCAGGUGGAGGCGCUGCGGGCGGAGAGCGCGGCCGCGGCCCCCGGGCAGCGGGAGGCCCUUUCGCUGAGAUGUACGCAGCUGAAGAAACUGGUGGAUGAGAAUACAAAUGCUCUUCGUGGCUUGAAAAAAGCCGACGAGCCUGCGCCCGUGGGGAAUUAUAAUCAGAGGAAAGAAGAAGAAGAAAAGCUGUUGCUAAAACUCUCUCGGCAGCUGCAGAAACUUGUUCUGGUCCUGGAUCAGGAUAACAUCACGACGAAUUACGCAGUGGAUGAUGAGCAUCACAAAGAUCCUCAAAGUGAAGACGAGAAGGAGGAAGAGAGUGAAGAUGAGAGUGAAGCUGAAGAAAGCAGCGAGGAGGAAGACAGUGAGGAAGCAGACGAUGAGGAUAAAUUGCUGGAUGAUCCAAACGUUAAAGAAUGUAUUGCUGUUGGGAACUUCAGUGCGCAGCAGGAAGGGGACCUCACAUUCACGAAAGGUGAAGUCCUGCUUAUCCACGACAAGAAGGCGGAUGGCUGGUGGGUUGCCGAAAACUCGAGAGGGGAGAGAGGCCUCGUUCCCAGAACGUACCUCGCGGUCUAUAAUGAAGAUGAAGAAAACCAAGAGCAAAGUGAAGAACACAUUGAAGUGGUGGAUGAAACCGCAGAUGGAACUGAAAUUAAAAAAAGAGCAGAUUCUCACUGGAGUGCCAUCCGAAGAGCCAUCGCAGAGAAUGACACAGUAGAGGUACUGGCCACCACCGGAGCGGUUCCUGCAGGAUUCCGCCUGUCCUCGCUCUUCCAGCUCUUACAAGAAGGCAAAGAGUUUCGAGCAAGUUCCUUUUUGCAGCCCGACCUGACUCCAUCGCAGUUGGCUUUCAAAGACUUGGUCUGGGACUCUGAGAAAAAUACGAUCUGUCCCAGACCAACUCGAGUCUCCCUGGUUGUCACUGUGUGCAGCUGUAAAAUGAUUCCUCUCCCAGGAGUCAGCAUCCAGGUGCUCAGCAGACACGUCCGACUCUGCCUGUUCGAUGGCAAUCGGGUGCUGAGUAACAUUCACACAGUGAGAGCUACAUGGCAGCCUAAAAAUCCUCAAACCUGGUCCUUUUCUCCAAAGGUAACGGGCAUUUUACCCAGCUUGCUCGAUGGCGACUGUUUUGUCAGGUCCAACUCUCUGUCUUCAGACAUUGGUAUAUUAUUUGAACUUGGUAUCACUUAUAUUCGCAACUCAACGGGUGAAAGAGGAGAGCUGAGCUGUGGCUGGGCUUUUCUGAAGCUCUUUACUCCUAGCGGACUGCCUGUUCCUCCCAAGAUGCAUGAGCUGCUAUUAAACGGCGGUACUCCCUAUGAGAGAGGCGUUGAGGUUGACCCAUCGAUAUCAAGAAGAGCAGGCAGUGGUGUUUUCCAUCAGCUCAUAACACUGAAGAAGCAGCCUGUGCUUGUAGUGAAACUGAAGUCAUUAAGUGCACAAUCAAAAGACACUCUGAAUUUGCUACCAGAAACAUUAAUUGGCAGCAUGUGCUACGCCCAUCUCUUGGUGUUUUAUCGACAAAUCCUUGGUGAUGCACUGCUGAGAGACAGAAUAAGCACACAAAGCACAGAAUUAAUCUGUAAUCCUAUUUUAGCAACUUUCCCUCAACUCAUGGAUGAACCAGACCUGAUGGAUGCGCUCCGGAGUGCUUGGGCAGACAGAGAAACAACAUUGAAAAGAUCUGAGAAGCGGGGAAGCUAUUACAGGUUCCUACCCAAAGUGUGGCCCUUCCCACGAUGCGCUUCCAAUAUUGGUUCUUGAUUCGAGACACCUGACGUGGCGCGGCAGGAUCCUGCAUUCAUUGUGCGUGCUACUGAACAGAUACACACGGGGAUCUCCCUGUGUAUGCAAAUAAACCAAAAUGCUGUUGAGUCAGAAUCGCUUUUUCAAGGCCAUUCAUCCAAACUGAAAGCUGAUCUGCUCAAAGUAUCAGUAACUUCUUGCUAUCCCAGAACCAUCCAGUUUUACCUGAUUUGUCGUGUGCCUCUCCCACGGUAGGAUUGCUGCCUGGCCAAUUCUAACUCCUUUUGCGUGGUUGUGACACUUAGCUGUAAAUCACCUGCCGAGACGUGAACUGUUCAAUGCCAGUCCUGCUGCUGUUUCUGGAAGAGUCUGGGUGGUCAGUGAGUUUUCCAGGAGGCAGCGUGUCCUUGCACAAAAUGGUUUUCUAGUGUAUGUGGGGAAAAUGAGGCACACAAAUCUUGUGUGGUGCUCAGGAGAUCUUCAGUGUUUGAUAAUUGAGCAGGUUGACUCUUAGUCUCUGCAGUUUGCAAACUGGUCUUUACUGGGGAGGAUAUAAUUCCCGCCACACGCAGAAUGUCCUGUCGGAGUGUAAAGUAACAGUACUUACGGUGCAGCCGUACCUCCUGCCAAGUGCUGCGAGGAGCGUGGGACUGGUGCAACCCUCCGCCUGGGCAGCAGAGAAUACUUGGGUAGAAGUGCUUGCCAACACCGCCUGUUUGCACUGAAGUAUUUUCAAAUACUCUUCCGUGCAGAGAGAUCAAGAAUUUCUGAAGUCUCAGUUUGUCCUGGCGUACCACGACUCCGUCUUCCCUCUUCUCCACUCGACUGCCCUCCCCGACUACAAGUGGGCUGAGGAGGAGUCGGAAGCGUCUCGCUGGAAGGUGAUUGCCGACUUUUUGAAAAAGAGCCGAGAGAACGAUGGUGCGCUUCAGUAUCUGCUCUCGUCAGAAAACACUCACAAAGCCUUUGAUAUCUCAGAGCUGGCUUACGAUUUCUUAGGAGAAGUGAGGCAAAACAAUCCUGGAGUAUGAAUGGAUUAUAGAACAAUACAUGCUACAUAAGAAUGGCUAACAAUAUAAAUAAAUUCUUAUAUAAAAGAAA